UGAGGAGGUGACCCCGUAUUGACCCCAAAAGAGCCUGGGAUCUUCUGGAUUGAUGUUUGAGGUCACUGCGUGAGGACCUCCGGCUGGAGAUUUCUGGGAAUGACGUCUCUCCAGGUGACGAAGAGGACAAAUGGAAUUCUAUUUACCCAGUGAUUCUUUUAGUGGGGAAAAAAGAUGUAUGAAGGAUGAAAAAAACUGACACAAUUAAAAGGCAAAAAGUGAAGAAAGGAAGUCAGAAAACAAAAGGGAAAAAGAAAUUUCCAGCUUCUGUUAAUGAUGUUGAUGCACUUCUCUGAUCAUCUGAAAAAAUCAACAGGGAAAAAAGGAAGGAGAAACGGUUCCCUAUGCACAUAAACAUUCAAGUUUGCCUCAGAUGCCAGUAGACUUGACAAAGUCUACCCAGAGGAGAAACGAAGCCAAUACAUUGAACAAGGAAAGAGCUUCACAAUGCACAGUGAUUGUACUUCACGUGUAACAUCCCUGAGAGGUGAGAGACAGUACAAAUGCCUACAGUGUGGAAAGAGCUUCAGUCAGAGCAGUAGCCUCGUUACCCAUCAAAGAAUUCACACUUGGGAGAAACCAUAUAAAUGCAUGGAAUGUCAGAAGAGCUUCAGUGACAGCAGUGCCCUAAGUAGACAUCAAAGAGCUCACACAGGGGAGAAACCAUAUAAAUGCAUGGAAUGUCAGAAGAGCUUCAGUGACAGCAGUGCCCUAAGUAGACAUCAAAGAGCUCACACAGGGGAGAAACCAUAUAAAUGCAUGGAAUGUCAGAAGAGCUUCAGUGACAGCAGUGCCCUAAGUAGACAUCAAAGAGCUCACACAGGGGAGAAACCAUAUAAAUGCAUGGAAUGUCAGAAGAGCUUCAGUGACAGCAGUGCCCUAAGUAGACAUCAAAGAGCUCACACUGGGGAGAAACCAUAUAAGUGCCCAGAAUGUGGAAAGAGCUUCAGUCACAGCAGUCAGCUGAAUUCACAUCAAAGAAUUCACACUGGGGAGAAAAGGUAUAAAUGCUUGAAAUGUGGGAAGUGCUUCAGUCACAGCAGUGCCCUGAGUUCCCAUCAAAGAACUCACACUGGGGAGAAACCAUAUAAAUGCAUGGAAUGUCAGAAGAGCUUCAGUGGCAGCAGUAGUCUCAGUUCCCAUCAAAGAACUCACACUGGGGAGAAACCAUAUAAGUGCCCAGAAUGUGGAAAGAGCUUCAGUCACAGCAGUCAGCUGAAUUCACAUCAAAGAAUUCACACUGGGGAGAAAAGGUAUAAAUGCUUGAAAUGUGGGAAGUGCUUCAGUCACAGCAGUGCCCUGAGUUCAUAG